AGGCCUUUAAAAGCACUUUUUCUGAAUAAUAAUUUUUCUAUAAUGAAGAGAGAAGGAGACAAUUCUAUUGCAUUAUCGUCCAGGUCAGUGGAAAUAAAAUAUUUGUAGUCUUCAUGCUUUGUGGUACUUGUUCUUUUAUAAAAGGCGAAGCCAUGGAUGGUGCAGGAUGAAGUAAGAAGAAGGAGAAAUGAAGAAAGUGUUGGCAAUGGAAACAAUGCGAGGGUUGUGGCGAGAAGGGCUCUCAUCAGCGUUCCGAACAGCCCUAGCAUGCACCAUAGUGCGAUGUGUGAGCCUCUACGCACCACCCUCCAUCACCACCCUCAUAUCCUUCCCUGCAUUCUCAUACGUCACAGCCAUUCUCCUCAUCGCCAACCACGCCACUUUCGGAGACGCCUUGCGCGGAUGCUGCCUCGCACUCUACGCCACCCUUCACACCAUAGGCCCCGCCAUCUUCACCCUGUGGCUUCUCGGACCAGGCCGCCUAUCCAAGGUGGGGACCGCCGUGGCGGUGGCGGUGGCCGCAUUUGUAGUCGUCCUGCCUUGGCCUCACUCGGCGGCGCAUUUGUUAGAUAAACGCUUAGCGUUGGGACAGAUAGUGCUGGUGUACGUGGUGGCGUACGAUAAUGGUGUUCACACUGAUCCUUUCAUGCACCCUUUACGCUUGGCAGCUAGCACCGCCUUAGGUGCUCUUGCUUGCGUUCUGGCCUUGCUUCUUCCAUACCCGCGUUUUGCAUGCUCCCAGAGAUUGAAGCUUCUCAUAAAAGUAAUAAGUGAGGAGGACAAAGCUAAUGCAAUUGGAUUCAUCUCUCAAGCCAAAUGUCUGGUAACCAACCGAACCAAGCUCCUUUCUCUCAUCACACUCUACCAAGAGGGCGUGCAGUGGGAGAUAAUUCCAUUUAAAAUUUUCAGAUCACAUUGCUUGAGCCAAAUAGAGAGACUUCAAGAGAUAGAUAACAAUCUCAGAGGGAUGGAGUUGGCUUUCACUUGCACCAAUUCAUUCACAAUCAACAUUCUCAACCAAAACCUUAAACAUGGUCUCAAUAACCUUGAGGAACAUAUUAGCCUAACCAUAAAACAACCUAAACAGGGCUUAACUGUUCCAGAAUCCAAUGCAAAAGACCUAACACUUUUUCUCCAAUCCCUUCAAACCAUUCCAACUACUCACCAAGAGUUACCCAUAUUCUUCUUAUUAUUUUGCACCCAACUCCUCCACAAAAAACCAUUCACCCUAGCUCCAACUUCUGCUCAAGACAAUAACAAAAAUGAAAAUUCUCACUGGGGUAAACAAAAGUGGGCUGAUUCGAUAGCAAAAUUGAGAAAUACAAAUUUUAUUCCAGCAAUUAAAUUCUCUCUAUCUUUGGGCCUCACAGUUUUCAUGGGCUUAGUAUAUAGCAAGGAAAACGGGCUCUGGGCUGGGCUCCCAGUAGCCGUGAGCUAUGUCUCGGGGAGGGAAGCUACAUUUAGGGCAGCAAAUGUUAAAGCCCAAGGGACCGUAUUGGGAACUGUAUACGGCGUUUUGGGCAGCUUCGUGUUUGAGAGAUUCUUGCCCUUAAGAUUCUUGUCUCUCCUUCCUUGGUUCAUUUUCACUAGUUUCCUUCAACGAAGCCAAAUGUAUGGGCCUGUUGGAUCCAUUUCCGCAGUUAUCGGGGCGGUUCUAAUUCUUGGUAGGAAAAACUAUGGCCCAUCCAGUGAGUUUGCUAUCGCCAGAAUCGUUGAAACCUUUAUUGGGCUCUCGUGUUCUAUUUUUGUGGAUCUUAUUUUGGGGCCUAAAAGAGCUUCCACGUGUGCGAAAAUGGAGCUUUCUCAAUGCUUGGCUACACUUGGUGAGUCCAUUGGGUUGUUGAGUCCAUUUACAGGUGAAAGUGAUUUGGAAGAAAAGCUAAGGAGGUUGAAAAUGCAAGUUAACGAGCUUAAGAAAUUUGUUGUAGAAGCAGAAGUGGAACCUAAUUUUUGGUUUGUACCGUUUAAUAGUGUUUGUUAUAAUAAGGUUUUGGGGUCACUGUCAAGAAUGGUGGAGCUCUUGUGGUUUGGAGAACGUGGUUUGAAGUUCCUCCACCAAGAAUUCCAACGAUGUGGGGCUUACGAGAAAGAGGGUGUGAAGAUGCUAAACGCUAAAGUCGAACAUGUGAGGGAGCUUAUUGGCUCAUCCAUAAAAAAUCUUGAAGAGAUUUGUAGAAUGAAAGGUGAUGAGAAGAAUGAAAAGGCUUGUGAUGUUGAAUCAGGAAAGUCAAGGUGCAUGGUUUUAGGUUUAGGAGAAGAUGGAAUAGAAGAAAGAAUUGGAUGUUUUCUGGAACAGUGUAGAAGUGUUGUUGAUAAGUUAGAUGGUGAUGAAAGUGAAGUGAAGAGCCAAGUUGUUCUGAGUUUGAGUGCUUUAGGGUUGUGUUUGUUUUCAUGCAUACGAGGAACAAUAGAAAUCGAAGAAGCAAUUAUUGAAAUUGUACAAUGAGAAAUCAGUGGUGUUUUUAUUUUGUUCUUCUUAGGCCAAACAUUCAUCAGGCGCAAAGGAAACGGAAGAGAAAAAUAAAGUAAAUGUGAAUUGUAAGAAACGCUAUGAGUGCUAUCAAUAAGUAAUGAAAACAAUCAUAUAUCUUCUUUCAUAA